UGGCAAGAAUGUUAGUUCCUGCUCUUCCCUGGCCGUUUCCUGUAAUCGUACAGUGUUGUGAGACGGAGAAAGCCAUGUGUGUCGAUGCAAAGGUAAAUUUAGCACCCCGAAAUUAUUACUGAGAGAGUUAGGGGAGUGGAUAUGAUGGUCAAUGUCAGGUAUUUUUGCCGAAAAAUAGACGCAGACCAAGCGAAAGAGUAUUGCGGCCUAAGCCGUGUCUGAACGUUGACGGGCAGUGGUUAUUGUGGCACGUUGCUUUGGUUUGGUCCGGUUUGUUGAUGAGAUUGAAGGAGUCCGCUGGACUGAGUGGUUGGAAGUAAACGAUAGAGAAACGAUGUUGUGUUCGCAAACAUACAACGAGCCGUAUUUUUAAGCCUGAAUAUGUUUUCGGUGGCACCCAGGCGUUUGUAACAGGAUCAUCUUUGUAGCGGUUGAAGCUAAUGCUAGCCGACGGUUUAUAGAGAAAAGACUGCAACACACAGAGAGAGAGGGAAGCAUCCUCUCCCUCCAGCAUCACUGCCCUCCACAUCUUACCACUCUACUACUAUUUUCAUUCAGUCUGAGUGGUCUGCUUUUCUACAGGAUAGUGAAAACCCCCUCUAUUCGCUCUGUAUGUCUUUUUCUGACCUUUAAUUAUUACGUUGAACCCAUUAUCCGGAGCCGGUGGCCACGAGUUUAGUGUUGUGAUCAGAAACUAUCUUUGAGAGAUCAAGUAACAGGCACCACUCCUCUCCAUGUUUACUGUGAACUUUUGUGGUAGUAGGAAAUCCCGAUUAUCAAUGAAGGUUACUCGUUCAUUCAAAGGACAUUUUUAUGUGUUAGGGUGACCUUUGGUGAUGCUUAGCCCACUAGCUCAAUGGGUUACUAUAGAAAUAUUGUACUAAUUGAUUAAUGGCAAAACAAUCCUAUAACGUGGCAUACAAAAUGCCCCUUAGGAGUAAAGUACUGGAGUUAAAUACACAGACCAGCCAUAACAUUAUAAACACCUGGGUAAUGUAAUGCAUCUCAGUAAAACAGCUUUACCAUAACUUCAACUUUUAUGAAGUUUCUCCACCAUUGAUGACAUGGUAGGUGUAGUAGGUGGUGUACUGGAGAGUGUUUGACUGAUAGGUGCUACGUCCUCUCAACAAAGAGGACAAAAUGUAAGACGCACCUUUACAUAAAUGCACCCAGGUACACCAACAGCAUCACUGAUAAAAAUAUGAAAUACAAUAAUCGACUCUUCUAUCAUGUCACUAAAAGUGAAUUUGGAUACUUCCUGAAAAAAGAAUUAGUGGUAGAGCUAGUAUAUUAGAUUACCUAUGUGUUCAUAAUGUCGCGACUAUUUAGUAUACUUUUUUCAGCUCCAGUUUAGUUUGGAUUCACUGGGAUCAAACAAUGCUUGUGUUUUUAGCCUGUUGGUUAAAUUAAUACAUAAAAAUACACAUUUCUCAAAGAAAAGCUCAUUUACAAACAAAUGCGCAUUUUAGUGUUUGGUCAAACAGAUCAAGCUUUUGUUUGAUCACAUUUUAUACCCGUUUACAUUUAAUGCUCAAAUGUAAGAGCGGUAUUUUGUUCUUACUUCAACAGAAUUAGCAUUUUAUCCUACCAAAAAUGAUAAUUGUAAUUUUUUUUUUGUUUGUUUUUUCAAAAGUAGAUAUAAAAGGAUAAAGUUGCUCUUGACAUUUCUAGGUUUUGUAAAAUAGAGUUUUUACAUUUUUUUCCGGAUGCAUUAUUGUUCCUUCUUUAGACAAACUCUUAGUGCUGUUUAGACUCACAGCUCUUGAGAUGCACAAAUAAAUAGGGUGUGUUAAAGGAGUGGGGUUUCUUGCUCCCCAUCACGUCAUUGGUGCUUUUUACAAACAGUAAAAGUAGCCAUUUUUUUGUCUUUGUCUGACACUUUCGAAUAAGUUAAUGCUGAGGCUCAUUGUUGGGGUGCGUAAGCGGUCAUCUCAUGUGCAUAAUUACUGUCACACUCACCAUAUCGACCUUACAUACAGGCAGAAAUUGCUACAUUAGCCAUUACUGAUAUUAAAUUGAUAAUAUUGUGCGCCUCUGGUUUUGUGUCAAUACUUAACAAUAUAAAACUUUGUGGACCUGAGGACCACAGAGGUGAAGAUUUGCAUCCAUACAUUUAAUUUACUCUGUUUUGCCAUGAAAAUGACUUAACUUAAGUUAUAUUCUUGAUGUACCAAUUUGACAUAAAACUCUUUAUAUUCCCAGAGUUGUAAAAGUACCCAAAAGAAAUAUAAAAAUAGACUUAGCUAAACUUUUUUUUUUUGUGUGGGUAAUGGCAGCCUAGCAGGGUGCAGUCUCGCUCCUCACAGCAGCCAAUGUGUUGCAUUGUUUUCUUGACAGCCAGAAAUGUAUCCCAUCAUCACAAGAAAAUGCGCUUUGUUGUCUUGAGAUAAUGGGCUGGAUAAAUUGGUUGUUAUUGGUAAACCAGCCUUACUUUCUUGAAAUAAUGAGAAUAAAAGGUGCAUACCUCUAGAAAACGACUUGAUUUAACUUUGUGAGAGGAAAAAACUGUAAACUUACAAUGUCUGGAUACAUGUCCUGAUCAGGUUUUCACUGGAGAGGAGAAAAAGAUCUGAUGUUGGUGUUUUCUUGCUACAUUUUAAAGGAAGUGUUGGUCUGCCUUUAAACACACUUUUACUCAUCAGUGAGUUUAACCAAACUGCAGAAGUUGAAAACAGAUUUGAAAACAGUCUCAACUCAACUUCUCGUGCCUCACUAACAUAUGUUUUGUUUUCUUUUGCCAGCUGUUACUUUAAACUUUGAGAAGAACUGGACUGCGACUGCUUAGCUCCCAUCUCAGAGUUUUCUUUGCGCUGUGCCCAUCUCCCUGUGUGGAGUGGGCAAGAUGGCAGAUCCAAUCAUGGACCUCUUUGAGGACACACCUCUGUUUAACCUCGAUGCCCUACCGGACGACUCCUUCACCCAGGGCUCCUCGGACCCUGUGGAGGAGGCGCUUAAGCUGGCGCUGGGUCAAGUGGAUCCACCGGGCGAGCCUGAGCUCACAGUCAACACGGGCCUUAAUGUUCCUGUAGCAGCUCCUGUUAUCCCUGACCCUGCCCCUGUUCAAGUCCCCACACAGCAGCCGGUGCCAGUGGUGACAGCACAGACUGUUUCCAUAGCAGCGACUCCCACUGUAGCCCCCACCCCUGUUGAAACUGUACCUCAGAUCCAGGCCCAGACCACCUUAUCCAUUGCCAGCAACACCAGCGUGGCCCCCAGUAGCACUGUCCUGCUGAGCUCACCUCUGACUGUUUCCAGCUCCCCAGCCACCUCCACCAACACCAUCACCACGCAGCAACUCUCACAGAUAACCCACCAGCUCACUCCUCAGCAGUUAGCCGCCAUCACACAGCAAGCAGGGGGGAAAAUUGUAAUUCUGAAGGGUCCUCAGGGUCAGGCCCAAGUCCUGCAGACUGUAUCAGGAGCUACAGGCCAGACAAGUGGAAAAGUCAUCCGUGUGUUAUCAGGCACGCCUCUUAAACCUGGCAUGUCUAUCCUGCAGGGGGGAGCGGUUUUGAAUCAGGCGAGCCCAGGACAAGCUCAAGUCAAAGUGGGUGCUGCCGGUGUGCAGAGGCUGCUGCAGUCUCCCAACGGUCCGGUGAAACAGAUGCUGCUGACCUCGGUGCCCCAGCAGGCACAAGGCCAGCAGGUUCAGGUGCAGAUCCCAGCCCAGUCACAGAUCACACAAGGACAGACUCAACUCCAAGUUCAACCACAGGCACAGAUACAGGUACAGCCUCAGGCCCAGGCAGCUCAAAUCCAGGUCCAGACUCAAGGCCAGGUGCAGCUCCAGCCAGCCAUGGCAGGCCAGACACCGGUAAGCAACAUCGCUGCUUUGACACAUCAUAGAGGGUGACACUCAAAAGUGGUUUCAAGAUUUGCUCACUGCAGCUGAGUCUCCCGAUCUGUGUUUUGGUGUCAGUCUCUAUCUUCAGAGCCAUAAUGAGUAUCAUUCUGUGCAUCUGAUUCUAGGGUGGUGAGGCAAAGCGGAUCACCCUGGUUCUCCAGCAGCCCUCCCAGACUGCAGCUCCAGCUGUGACGGCCCAACAACAGGUCGCUCAAGUCCAGCAGGUCCAGACAGUUCAAGCAGGCCAACAGCAGCAGACUCAGGCACCGGCUCGUUUGGUGCUGGGUCAGCUCCCUGGAGGGAAACUGGUGCUCCAAGGAAGCCAGUUAGCAGCCUUGACCCAGGCUCGGGCUGCAGGCCAGGCUGGAGGGCAACCCAAAGUCCUCACAAUUCAGCUGCAGGUGCAGCAGCAGCCCAACCAACAAGGAGGAGUUAAGGUAGGGAACAAGUAUUUUAGAGUGUCGAAUUACCCGUUUGUUUAAUUAGAUUAGUGUUUUCCCAAAGAACAUGUUUCACGCUUGUUUUUCCUCUUUUGCUGGUUACUUAUCACCCAGAGCUUUGCUCCUCUCUCUGGUGAAAAAAAUGUUUGGUUCUCUUAGUACAUGGACAGACAUUAAUCUUUAGUGAUGCAGUUGUCAGGAAAUCUUUUCUGAUAUUUGUCGGGAGCAUGAAGUGUUAAAAAUAUGGACUGUUGUCUGCUUUCUCUCCAAUCUCGUUGUACAAUGUUUGUAUAAUGACAGUAAAGAGCAUUCUGUUCUAUUCUAUCUAUUCUUGUUUAGUUUAAUACCUUUCCUCCAUAGUCAUAGCCAAAAAUUUAAUGAUACUGAGGGGUGAGCAGCUUGUGGAGUAGUUACCGUCCAUUUAUCAUUAUCGAGGUGAACUGCUCAAUUAUCGUGAUAUUGAUUUGAGGCCAUAUUGCCCAGCCCUAGUCAGUUAUUUCAAAUCUUGUAUUUUGAUAUAUGAGCUCUAAAGAUAUGUUACCGUCCUCUUUGCAACGUGCAGAUAAGUCAGAGGAAACCUUGUUGUACCUUUACCCAAUUGGUAAUGUCAGACAGUUUCUGUUGUCAGCCUCAUGGGAUUGUUCAGCAUUACAUGUAUCCACUUGAAAUAUGAUGAAGGAGAGUGGGCAGGAAUUAGAAACAGCACCGGGGGAAGGUGGUUUGCUUUGCUGUCUAAGUGCCCACCCCGUGUACUUCGGCUGUGGUCCUAGUCUUGGUGGUCGCUGGUUCGAGUCUUCCCCAACUCUGCUAUCCCCACAUUUCCUUUAAAACAAGAAAAACAAACAGUGCCGAGGGUGUUCAGCCCUCAGCUCAGAUAUCAGUCCAGGCAGUUUUUGCAUUUUUUGAUUGAUCAAGGAUCAGCAAUUUGAGUUGAUCAUCUCAUCUGGAUCAUUCACAUCAGCUGCCACUGAACACAAAUUGCAGCAGAACUCAAAUGCACAAGUCACUUGGUGUAACCCGGCAUUCCUGGUUCACCUAACUAUACCUAACGAAUUUAACUGCGAGAACACAAGCGCACAGACAGCCAGAUUAUCGAAUCAAUAACUGCUUUAAGGCAGCCUGUGGUGACUCUCCGGGCACACGUGGCUCAAAAACACAAAAACAACACAAGAGAGUGAAGGUGUUAGCAUAGGCUAACCUGUGGCUAAAUGUCAGCAGUGUGGGAAUAUUUAAAACUAUAAAGUGAAAAUACAUUUAAAAAGAUGGCUGCUUAUGGCUGCUGGUCUUAGGGUGCAGUAGCAAAUUGCAUGUUUCAUAUAGCAGAGCAUAUAAAGCAGAUUGUGGGAGAACUUGACAACAAUGUUAUUUGUGCUGGAUAAAAUGGAAUAAGCCGAACAUAUCUUUGAGUUAAUUUCUUAACUUAACUCAAGUGAAUAGAAUGAAAUCAGUGCAGCUCUAUGGUCUUGGUAAAUAGUCGAUCGGAUCAAGACUUGAUAUGAACAAAUAUGCUAUAAAUAUUGAUAUGCUCUGAUGUAGUUUAUUUCUAUUUACUUCAAUGAUUGUUGACAUGCAAUUUAAAGACGUAUGCAAAUUUAUUUCAGAAACGCCUUUCUUUACCUGGUUAUUCAAUGUGAACAUGAGUUUGGUUUCUGUGGACUGAGAGAAAAAAAAACAGGAUUCAGAUGUAUUUUGCCUCGUUUUGGAUGGUUAGGAAUCAGAGUAAGGCAGCCAUGCUUUAUCAAAUGUGUAUUUUAAAAACUCUGAAGCUUUAAAGUCUGGAUUAUUUUUGUUCAAGAUCACAAAGAUAAAACUGCUCUUAUCUCACUCCUGAUAAGAUGCCAAAUAAGCAGAUUUCACACAUUGUCUGAGUGUUCUUAAAAUUCUGCCAAGUGUCUCUUUCUCUGCACAUACACUCAAACCGCUUUACCGUGCUACGUGUGACUGAAAUGGACAUUUGAAGAUGCGUCUUCUCAAAGGGGACCCUGACUUAGACCCCAUCUUCUUUCAUUCCCACAGUACCAGCUGGUGUCAGGAACUGGAAACACUGGCAGCCCGCAGGUGUUGCAGAUCUCGCAGGGCCAAGGAGGACAGAGGGUUGCAGUUCCACUCAAAAUGCUCCUGCAGCCACAGGUACACCUCCAGUUUAGUGAUUUUUAGAUUCACAACAACGUUAAAGAUGCUGCUCUAUGUUUUCUUCACCCUGAACAAAUUUUAAUUUUUUCCAGACAAGCGCAGUAUCCUCAGCCGGUGGCACAGUCUCCGUGGUGAAGGUCAUCAACACAUCGGCUGCAGGCCCCUCCACGACAACCACCACCCCAUCCCAGGCCAUCCGCAUCACCAAAGCCCCUGGUGAGCCCGCCUCUGUGCGACGAGUGGAGAUCCUGUGCAAGCAGGAGAAAGCAAACCGUAUAGUGGCUGAAGCUAUAGCCAGAGCUAAAGCACGUGGCGAGAAGAACCUUCCUCGAGUCCUGAACCAGGACGAACUUCCAUCCACACAGACCUCCCCGGAAUCAGGCGGCACUUUGACCGUGGUUUCUGCUGCUAAGAAAAAGAGCAGCGGAGGGGGAAGCAAGAAAAAGACUCCUGUUGCUGGAGCUACAACGCCCAAAGCUGCAGGAGGGGCCGACAAAAAGGGCAAAGUAAAGACACCAGGAGGACCAAUGGGAGUGGCUGGAGGCACAGUGAUACUUGGAGCUGGGAACAAGAGCAAAAGCAAGACUAAGACAAAGUGAGUUUCUUAUACUCCUGGAAGAGACUCAUUGAAAUCUGAAGGUGUUUGCUUGUUUGAGAAACACAAAAUGUAUUCCACACUUUUCCUGCUCCAUCUCACCUUCUCUUUACCUUUUCACAGCACUAUAACUCUAGUGGGAGCUAAAAAGAGAAAAAGAAAUGCAUCUUCAGACCACUCAGAUGGGGAGAUGAGCCCAGCAUCACCUGCUGCUCUGGAGGAGGAUCUCAUUACGGUACAAAAACAAACAUGCACACACAAUUAAGAUUUACACAUCUACAAAAAUUCCCUGCAGUCAUCCAAAUGCAGCGGAUGGUCUGGACUUGACAUGAUGUGCACUCCAGCUCCAAAUGUGUCUGACUUGUGAUGUCAUUCAUUUUGACACACAUAGCUGUAUAUCACAUUUUUUCUUCUUACUCUGCAGAUGAGUUAGGCUGCUUGUUCAGCAGCAGGGUUGUUGUGGAUCUCUGUUGCCUCUCUGUGAAAUUGUUGGCGUAUGCCUUUUUAUUUACUGGCACCAGCUCACUGUUAGAAAUCAUGUUUGAUAAUGUGGAUGAAGAAGCCAGAAUGUUACACUUGUCUCUCUGUGAGUGCAGAUAAAUGUCAGCGGACCUCUAAUAAAGCAGUGUUCUUCCUGCACAGAGUGCUCCUCACUCUGGUUUCUGUUGGAUUUGCAUUUAACUUGUCGAUUACUGCCUUUAGCUUCCUGAUGUUUCGCUCAACACUCUGAACUUACACCUCUCCCUUUUUUUGGGCCAGAAGAGGCGUUCCAACCGCGUUGUCAAGAGGAAGAAAUACACAGAAGACCUGGACAUCAAGAUAACAGAUGAUGAAGAUGAACAGGAAGAUGUAGACGUAACUACAACUGCAGCAGCAGUGGCCUCUAUCAGCAGUGGAGCAGCAGCUCAGCUGAAACAGGAGAUGGAGCUGGAUGUGGAUGGGCAGCCCAGCAUGCAGUUCUUCGUGGUAUGUGUGUAACAGAGAUUGGCAGGCUAUACUGUUUGAAAUGAAGGGAAAAGGGUUUGCAUUAUGUCUGUUUGUCAUGUUGGAUAGAGAGAUUUGAGGAUGCGUGCAUGGGUCGAUGGUAUUAAGAGUCUCUCUGAUUUUUCAGGAAAACCCCAGUGAGGAAGACGCUGCCAUCGUGGACAAAGUUCUCUCAAUGAGGUUAACCAAGAAGGAGGUACGUCUUUCAAUCGUUACCUCAUAAAUAUCUUGAAUUGAUGUGAUUAUUUGAUGUAACAGAGAGACUUAUGAAAGCCUGUCCUUUUCUUUAAGGUGACACAAGGCCAGUACACCAACGUUGAGGAAUUCUUCGUCAAAUACAAGAACUAGUAAGUUAUAGUGUCUUGACAGAAAAAGACUUUGGCCCUGCUUUUCUGACUAUUUUUAGGCUUUGUAGAAAUCAGAGUGAGUAAACUGUCCCCUCUUGAUCUCAGCUCGUACCUACACUGUGAGUGGGCCAGUUUGGAGCAGCUGGAGAAAGAUAAGAGGAUCCACCAGAAGAUCAAGAGGUUCAAGACUAAACAUGCACAGAUGAGGCACCUCUUCCAGGAGGUGGGACUGAAGCUGCCGCUGCAGAACAUUCUUCUUUAAAGAUAUUGUGGAAUAAAGCUGAACUGAAAUGUCGUACAUAUUUUCACUCUCCCUGACUCUCUGUUUCUCUGCAGGAGGAAGAGCCUUUUAACCCUGACUAUGUGGAGGUGGACCGGAUCCUGGACGUCUCUCACAGUGUGGACAAAGACAAUGGCGAGGUGAGAGACAGGAGCAGCUUUGUACUUUGUAGUUCUUACUGAAAUAUGACCCUCUCUUCUCCUCAUGAAGAAGCACUUUUGAAGAUAGUCUAAUACUAUUUUUCUCUUUUCUCUGCAGCCUGUUAUCUACUACUUGGUGAAGUGGUGCUCGCUGCCUUAUGAGGAUGCCACCUGGGAGCUGAAGGAGGACGUGGACGAGGGCAAGAUAGAAGAGUUCAGUAAAAUUGCAGACAGACAACCUCGUCUCAAGAGAACAGUGAGUAGUCAAGGGGAUGAUUGUCAGGAGCGGUUUAUAACCCAUUUGUGUUGCUAAUGCAUGGUAUUUAUAUGCAAUCAUUAAAAAGAUUAAAAAAUGUGCCUGAAAAAGGGCAAAUCUUCAUACUUGAGUGAAGAGGGAAAAAUGAUGUAGCAAUAGAGAGAAGAUAAGAGAAGGUGACCAAGGACCGAGAGUACUGUAUGUUAAGAAUAUAAAUAGAAAUACAUUUCAGUUCCUGUUCUUGUUUUUGUAAAAACAAAUGAGGUAUGCCUAGAACCAAAAACAGCUCAAGUGGUCUGGGGGACUGAUGAUGUCACAAUCAGAGUCAACUGUUUUCGUCUAGCUUUGUCAUCAGUUACUCUAAAGUGUGCCCCCUGUUUUUUUAAUUAAUUAACACUUGGAUAGUGUUUAUAGUACCUAUAAACAACUAUUUUCAGCUAGGGAUGGGCGGUAUGGGCUAAAAAAGUUAUCACGACAAGUUUUGCUAUUCUAGCGAAAACAAAAGUCCAGAUAAAAAGAUAUUUAUAUUCCAGUCAAUGUUUUUGACUCAUUCUGUCUUGAGAAAGUUAGUUGGCAUAGUCAAAUAAGAUACUAAACCACAAGUUUAAGGCCCGAACUACACGAAUGCGGAUAUAUUUCAAACCGCACAUAUUUAUGUCCGAUUAGGCCUCCCUACCACACCAAAACGGGACUUUGGAACACUCAAACCGGAUAAAUCUGAAUCCGAAAAAAUAAGUGGAGAAAUAAAAAAAAUAUCCGUAUAAGUGGAUUCGUGUGGUUGAACUUUUACGGAUCGAUGACGUCAAACCGCAGCUCGCGCAUGCGAGAAAAACGACAACAACAAUGGCGGACAUACAGGGUAUUCUUUACUUUUUUUUUUUUUUUGCCCUUUUGGGGCUAAUUUCAGCCUUGCAAGUGAACCUUGUUUUAUACAAUUACAUCCACCAGUCAACCAGCUUACAGAGGCGUCUGCCUCGUUAUAGCCGCCACACCGUCACAUGGACCCGACGCACUAGCGUAGCUUCCGCAAAUAAUGCAUAAUGCAUCACGCUGUUACGAUUCAUUGGACAAUCAGGUAGCUUUGUUCCUGAAUUUUUUUUAAGCGGCACCAGAUAGGAUUGAGUUUGAAGGCUACGUGUGGACGCAGAUAUUUUUGAGAACUAACACGUGUGGACAGAUACAUUUAUUUAGACGGGAGUACAAAAAUAUCCUGAUAAAUAAAUAUCUAUAUACAUGUAGUCCUGGCCUGAGUUAUAGGUUAUGGAGAAAACUUAUCACAUCAAACAAAUCUGAAAUGUGAAAAUGCUUUCAAUGUUUAUUCAAAACUCUUAUUCAACAGAGUGAACAGCAGCAGAUUCACUGUCCAAUGUCAGGGAUACCUGUUAGCACUCAUCUAAGGCCCAAUCUUGAAGGAAAUCCCUCAUAUGGAGUCUUGUUUAGCAACAAGCUGCUCAGAAACAUCUUCUUCAUUACUUUCAGCCAUGUUUGUUUGUUAUUCUGCUCUGUGUGGGCUAUGGCUGCGAGUCCAUCACUCGCGCUUACGUCAUCAACUUGCAUUCACCGCAUUAAUUGUAAGAUGGCAAAAAUUUAUCGUGGAGGAUUUUUCUGAAGAUAAACUGAGAACAAUAAUUUAUCGUUCAUCCAUCAGCACUGUGUGCUUAAAUCACCUCCAACAAUUCAGUUGUAUACCAAUGUUUUCUCUAAAUGGUUAAUUGGGCAGAAAAACUGUUUUCUUAGUUCUUGAAGUACCAUAACACAACAAGAUACUUCUCUGCAUCUGUCAGACUGUUACCACACUGGUGUUUACAACGCAUGGAACAUUUUAGAUCUGAAAACAAGGCAGAAGCAGCAUGUCUUACACACCCUGUAUCAUGGUGAAAAAGGCUCUGACAGUCUGAAUGACAUCAACAAAAAUCAACAUCAUAUGUUAUGUAGGGAUGUUCCCAGCGGUUAAUUUCACUGACGUUUAAAUGACCAUUUUGAAACCAAAUAUUCGAAUACACAAAAAUUAAUUAACUCCCAGAAAAUAGCCCAAAUUGAGCACGUGUCGAUCUAUAUGGCCAGAUGUCAUCUGAAAUAAAUAUUAAGAGUACAUGAAAGCCAUGCUUAUAAUAUUAAAAUAUGUUACAGAAUGUUGUUUAAGUGCUGGAGAAUGACAAAGUAUGUGAAAUAUCAAAGCAAUUAAGCUCCACUCCGCUGCGCUUAAGCCAAGCAGCCUGCUGCGUAAUCGGCCUGCCUCACACCAUAAGCACAAAAUGAAGAAUCUUCAGUCAGACAACAUCACAUUCAACGACGUUUAUUUUCUAAACUAGACUUAAACUUUGCUCUUUUUUCUCACCAACAUCGCUCUGGCUGAUCGCAUGUGUUGAUUCACUCUGAGGAAGUUAACCCACGAUGCCAUGCAUGCUGCAGGCCAGCGCUGUGAGCCCAGAGCAGCGAGCCAGGCAGAAAGAGUCGCACGCAAAUGAUCCACACAUUUUAGCUUGUUUUUUAUACAAAAAAAGAAUACUAUUUACUAAACGGAUGGUUAGGACAGCCCCGUUUACACGAAUAUCUGAGUAACCGCGCACAUCCCUAACAUGAUGUCAGACUAAAGGUGGGCUCAGGUUCAAAACUUGGGGAGAUUGAAAACAUUUAAAACAACUUGUUCCCUGUUUUCUUCCUUCCUUCCAACCUCAGCAUGACAGGAUUAAAAAAAAUAAGCUCAUGUAUGUAAAGAGGGGAGACAAACAAGCAUACGUCAUUUUUUUGUGGUUUCUCUUGUCAUUAAUUUCUUCUCUCUUCUCAGCCACGACCCGCUGCUGCCUCAUGGAAGAAGCUGGAAGAGACCAGAGAGUACAAGAAUGGAAACACACUUAGAGAGUAUCAGCUGGAAGGAGUCAACUGGCUGCUUUUCAACUGGUACAACAGGUAAUUACCACGACCAGACACAUUUUGGCUUAUUUGGACUAGUUUGGCUCUAUUUUAGUUAAAUAUUUGAUGAAAGGAGGACGGUAGAACUUGAUAUGAAGUAGAUAUUGUGUCAUUUGUAGUUUAGAAGCUCCUCCUUUUGCAGCAUUGCUAAUGAACUUCUCUAAUUGAUCUGUUUCUGGUCUCACAGGCAGAACUGUAUCCUGGCAGAUGAGAUGGGUCUGGGUAAGACCAUCCAGUCUAUCGCACUGCUCUCUGAGAUUUACUCUGCUGGCAUCCAAGGCCCUUUCCUGGUCAUUGCUCCACUGUCCACCAUCACCAACUGGGAGAGAGAGUUCUCCACGUGGACCCAAAUGAACGCCAUCGUCUACCACGGCAGCCUGGCCAGCCGACAGAUGAUCCAGCAGUAUGAGAUGUACUGCAAGGAUGAUAAGGUGGAGUAACUGAUCAGAAUUGCUCUAAAAUUAUACAUGAAGAUAGAUAACUGUGAGGAAAAAAUUCUAAAUCAAAUGUUUACGUCUUCCUACAGGAGCAUUUGAUUCCAGGAGCGUACAAGUUUGACGCCCUCAUCACAACCUUUGAGAUGAUCUUAUCUGACUGUCCAGAGCUGAGGGAGAUUUCUUGGCGUUGCGUGAUCAUUGACGAAGCUCACCGCCUCAAGAAUAGGAACUGCAAACUCUUGGACAGUUUGAAAAUGCUGGAUCUGGUGAGUAAGCCUCAGCUUAACGUAAAUUUAAGAACGAAAUCAGUUUUUUUUAAAUGUGAAGAAAGUGACAGGAUUUCUGCCGGGGUCCAACAGUCAGAUACAGUAUAGAUAAAUAAAUUCUUGGUAUUUGUCCACACUUGAACUGAUUGAUAUCUAAUUCAAUUGUGAUAUAAUGAUUAAGGGGCUGAAUUUUAAUUCCAAUCGUCCCCUUUAAAGUCCUUGUUUUCUUCCUCAUACUCAGCUGUCUUCAAUCAAUCAAUCAAUCAAUCAACUUUAUUUCUAUAGCACAUUUUAAAAUAACCACAAGGGUAGUCAAAGUGCUGUACAAUGAUACAUAAAACAAAUAACACAAAGAGCAAGAUAAAGUGAGCAGAAAUACAUUAAUGCAAGGGGAUAAAUAAGUAAAAUAAAUAAGCAGGCUCACGGCAGGUGCUAAAAUGAUAAAAAACAAAGUAACACUAAAAAGUAUCAAAAGCCAAGGAGUAAAAGUGUCUUUGAUACCUUGGACAUCCUAAAAUUUCCUGACUUCUUGGUCUGCUCACCUGCACUGCCUCUUGUCUCUCUGCCUUUGCUGACUUCUUUUAUUGUGGUUUCUCUCAGGAACACAAGGUGUUGUUGACCGGCACUCCUCUCCAGAACACUGUGGAGGAACUGUUCAGCCUGCUUCAUUUCCUGGAGCCGACUCAGUUCCCCUCUGAGAUUGAAUUCCUCAGAGACUUUGGAGACCUCAAAACAGAGGAGCAGGUGUGAAUGAGAAUCAUGUUGAAACACACACACACACACACACACACACACACGCACACACACACACACACACACACACACACACACACACACACACACACACACACACACACACACACACACACACACACACACAUAUACACACAUAGCUGUCAUUGAGUGAAUGUUUGUUGCGGCUCCACAGGUCCAAAAGCUGCAGGCCAUCUUGAAACCAAUGAUGCUCCGAAGACUGAAAGAGGAUGUUGAGAAGAACUUGGCACCCAAACAGGAGACCAUCAUUGAGGUGAGUGUGAAUCACAUCACAUCUUACAUUGAACCUGUGUGUCAUGUAAGGAGAUCUAAACUACACACUCAAGACAUUGUUUUGACUUUGCCAUUUCACCAUCCCUCAGGUUGAGUUGACGGAUGUCCAGAAGAAGUACUACAGGGCCAUCCUGGAGAGGAACUUCAGCUUCCUCAGUUUAGGGGCAAACAGCAACAGCAACGUCCCCAACUUGCUCAACACUAUGAUGGAGCUGCGCAAGUGCUGCAACCACCCCUACCUCAUCAAUGGUAUUCACAUCACAGUAUUUACAUAGACCUCUGCAUGGGUUGAAGUUUAAAUCAGAGCUGUGGCAGUAUUCCAGGAAUGAUGAUAAUCAUUGUAAAAACAAGCUUAAUUUGGUGUCUAAGUAAGUGGUCCACACCAGGGGAUAGUAUUGUUUUUUUUUCACCAGCCGUAAAACAGAGGGGAGACAAACAAGAAGCAGGAACACUAACUAGCGUAUUGUAGAAACCUUCCAGUCACUUCCAAACUGAUCAAAACAGUCAGAGCUUGUGCCUCUUUAGGGAUGCUGAUAUAUUGAUCAGUUGUACUUUCUUACUGCUCUUGAAGCUGUUUCCAUUAAGUUUAGAUCAUAGACUGUAUAUAGAAUGGACAGAGUCUGCCUCCUCGCUGGGUGAAGCCACUCCGAGAACAGCACCCUCUGUUGGUGGGCUGCAGUAUAGGUCAUAAAUCCCGCCUCCGCCAGCAAAGCUUAUGGAGCUGUGGACAAACUUUAUUACACAGAACAUAAAUUUUUCUCCCCCCUGCUUGUGAUGUUGACAUGUAGUUAUUAUUAAAAAUAUGAGGAUGUAAAAUAAAUCAUAGGGAACAAAGCAACCUCGACAGAUGACAGAAAAAUGUAAAAAUAAAAGUAUCACAAACAAUCAUUUUAUUAGGCAGUUUCUUUUCCAUGGGACUAAAUCUUCGGUCAUUUACUAUUACAUAUAAGCAAUUAAGUUGCCUUUAUUACUAAAGUUAAGGAAGUAAUCAAUCAAUCAGUUAAUCAAUCAAUCAAACUUUAGUGAUAAAGCACUUUUUAUACAUAGAAUGUUGCACAAAGUGGUGUCCAUUCAAGCAGGAUAUUGAAAACAAUAAAAUAAAAUGAAGAUACAAAUACCAAACCCCACCCACCCUCCUUACCCCCAGUCAACACACACAGCACUCACAUGCUCACACAUACAAAAGAGCAGGUGAGGACUCUUCAACUUGCCACAGAUGACUGAGGAAACGCUAUCUUGAGUUGAAAAAUGAGGAAACACUGAACCUAGGACUAAAAAGAUAAAACCAUGAUAAAAUAUAAAAAAGGUUAUAAAGCAUUUAAAGUUAAUUAAAUAAAACAGUCUUAAAAUCAAACAAUAGAAGAGGAAACAGAGGUAAUAAAACACAAAAUAGUAACUCUAGGACCAAAAUAGGCUAAAAUCACAUAAUGCAGAUUAAAAGAUUAAAACCAAAUUCAACUAAAAGCCAGACUAAAAAGGUAGGUCUUGAGUUUACUUUUAAGAAUGUGAACAGUAGUUGUCACUCUCAGGUCUGCAGGUAGGCCGGUACCCCGUUUUCUAGGGAGAUGAAGUUUACAGUUACACUUGGGAGAGCUUUCAUUAUCAGAUAACAAAAUCAUAUUUUUUGACCGUCUCCCACAGGCGCUGAGGAGAAGAUUGUAGCGGAGCUGCGGGAGGUGUAUGACCCGAUGGCUCCUGACUUCCAUUUGCAGGCCCUCAUUCGGUCGGCUGGCAAACUGGUGCUGCUGGAUAAACUGCUGCCUCGCCUCAAGGCUGGCGGCCACAAAGUGCUCAUCUUCUCCCAGAUGGUGCGCUGCUUAGAUAUUCUGGAGGACUACCUCAUCAACAAGAGGUGACAGGACCAGAGCGUUGUUGAAUAGAUUUGAUGAUAUGAUAAAAAAUUUGGAAAAUUACUCUCACAAAUGUUCAGAGCACUGAGAGACUUCUUUGGUUUUUAAUGUAAUUAAAUUAUUUUUAUUACAGAUACCUUUAUGAGCGAAUUGAUGGCAGGGUGCGUGGAAACUUACGACAGGCAGCCAUUGAUCGCUUCAGCAAACCUGACUCAGACCGCUUUGUCUUUCUGCUGUGUACCCGUGCCGGUGGGCUGGGAAUCAACCUCACUGCUGCCGACACUUGUGUUAUAUUUGACUCGGACUGGAACCCUCAAAAUGACCUGCAGGUGCCAACUGAAUUCUCUUUAAAAGAACUUUACUCUAUAAAAAGUAACUUCAAACUAUCUACCUCCCCAUGACUUAAUUAAUAUCUAAAACGUACUUGGUUUCUUUUGUCACUGUUGAAUAUGAACAAAGCUUUUGUUAACUUCCUCUCUCAGGCCCAAGCACGGUGUCAUCGUAUCGGCCAGUCUAAGGCGGUCAAGGUCUACCGACUGAUCACGAGGAACUCGUAUGAGAGGGAGAUGUUGGACAAAGCUAGUCUGAAACUUGGUCUGGACCGUGCUGUCCUGCAGAGCAUGAGCGGCAACAAAGACAAAGACAAUGUCAAUGGGGUAAGAAAGCUAACACUUUCAGUCAUUUUGAGGUUUUUCUGUUGCUGUUUCUCCAAAUUUGAAAUGUUUCUGUACCUGAUCCACUUUGGUUUGCUUAUGUUCCUGCCUUUCUCAUCUCACCGUUGACAGAUCCAGCAGUUCUCAAAGAAGGAGAUCGAGGAUCUGCUGAGGAAAGGAGCGUACGCAGCCAUCAUGGAUGAGAAUGAUGAAGGCAGCCGCUUCUGUGAGGAGGACAUCGACCAGAUCCUCCAGCGGAGAGCCACCACCAUCACCAUUGAGAGCGAGGGGAAAGGAUCCACCUUUUCCAAGGCCAGCUUUGUGGCCUCCGAGAACCGCAAUGACAUAGCCCUCGAUGACCCUGAAUUCUGGCAGAAAUGGGCCAAGAAAGCCGACAUCGACAUGGACACCAUCAACAGAAAGGUGAAUGCAGGCUUUUGAUUUAGAUCAUUCAAAACUUUGAUAAUUUUCUAUUGUACAGAGGAAUAUACUGUAUAACUGACACCAAAUGGCUCCUGCUCCAACAGAACAACCUGGUGAUCGACACUCCCAGAGUCCGUAAGCAGACCCGUCAGUUCUCUAGUCUACGAGGUGAAGGUGGAGACUUGUCUGAUCUGGACAGCGAUGAUGAAUAUCCACCUGCCAAUUCAAGACAGUCACGUGCCUCCCGGCGCUCUGACAGACACAGUGGAGGAGGUUAUGGGCGCACUGACUGUUUCCGAGUGGAGAAACACCUGCUUGUCUAUGGGUUAGCAGACUUUCCAAACCUAGCUAGUUUGAUUUGGAAAGAAUUUGUUUUUCAAAAUGUCGAUAAUCAAUUUCUCCACUUUCUCUUGUGCAUCUCUGUCUUGUUCCUUCUCCAGGUGGGGUAGAUGGAGGGACAUCCUGUCUCACGCUAGAUGUAAACGCCGCCUGAGUGAACGCGACGUCGAGACAAUCUGCCGUGUCAUCCUGGUCUUCUGUCUGCUUCAUUACCGGGGAGAUGAAAACAUCAAGAGUUUCAUCUGGGAGCUCAUCACACCUCCUGAGAACGGACGUGAACCCCAAACACUACUCAACCACUCUGGUACGAGCUGCACUCACAUACAGGCGCUACAUGUUUUACAUUUCAAAAGAGAGUCAGACUGAAAUGGUAAAUACAUGAGUUCGGUCUCCAAAGAGUGAAAAUGUAACCUUAUUGUUUAGAGAUCCACCUUUUGAAUUCUUUUUUACUGAAUGAUACAUAUUUAUUCUGUUUGUCCAGGUCUGUCUAUUCCCGUUCCAAGAGGCAGGAAGGGUAAGAGGGUAAAGGCUCAGAGCACUUUUGAUGUUCAGAAGGUGGAGUGGAUCCGUAAAUACAACCCUGACACUCUGCUUCUGGACGACAGCUACCGCAAACACCUCAAGCACCAGUGCAACAAGUCAGUGAAUCUCUAAACCUGCUGUAUAUACAAGAAACUGUGUUUUUUUCCCCCUUACUUGAACACUAAAAACUCUCCUUUCAUACUUCAGGGUGUUGCUGAGAGUACGUAUGCUCUACUACCUGAAACAAGAAGUUAUUGGUGAACAUUCAGACGCUGUCCUGAAAGGGGCCGACAUCAGGUAUCAAAUACUCAACUUAAAAACUGCAUAAAUAACUGUUGAAGUUCCUGUGAGCAUGGUUUGAUGAAUUUCUUUUCCUUUUUUUAGGGACCUUGAUAUUUGGAUGCCUGAGAUGGAGCAGCAGGAGGUUCCUGCAGGAUGGUGGGACGGAGAGGCCGACCGCUCACUGCUGUCUGGUGUAUUCAAGCAUGGUGGGUUUUCUCUCUGUAAGGUACUAUGAGCUGUCUGAGAGAAGUGGGGAGAAUUUUAGGAUAUCUUUUCUUUACUUAACAACAUUUCAUGAAGAUUUUAAUUCUAAAGCUCCACUUGCAACUUGUACUGUAAAAAACGACUACUUUUUGAAAAAGGGGGCUGUCAUAGGUGGGGUUUUUUUGCAUGUCCUUGUUACUACUAAGGUAGCAGUUAUGAGUGGUUAUUUUUCCAAUUAUUUAUCAAAUACUCAGUGCCUGAUAAUUGUAUUUUGAUAAGAACAUAAUUAUGCUCUUGUGCUGGAAUCGUUCUAACUCUGGAAGUCGUUCUAUCAUUUCUUUGUCAUUUGUUAACUCUUGAAAGGUUAUGAGAUGUACACCACCAUGCGAGCUGAUCCAUGCCUCUGCUUCCUGGAGAGAGUUGGUCGGCCCGAUGACAAGGCCAUCGAUGCCGAGCAGCACACCGGUGAUGCAGAGCUGGCAGACGAGUGAGUGAUCCUGGCUCCCAGAGCUGUUCAAAACAUAUUUACUUGUUGAUUUAUAACAGACUAUAGAGUCAGUGAGACAUGACAACAGUUGUAUGUCUUCAUUGAAUGUCAAUUUCAAAGUUUCAAUUUGAACUGAAUUGAUCAAAAUCUUUCUGGCCUGAUGAAACAUACUGUAUACAGAUGUUGGUUCCUUUUCUUUCUUUCUAAUCCCUCUGUUUGUGUUGAUCAGUGGUGACUACGACAAGUACUCAGAGGACCCAGAGUUCAAGCCUGCAUCAAGACACACAAAAGAACUUUUUGAGGAGGUAAAAAAAGUUCAAAAGAUAAAAGCUGAUUGGAUAUUUUGAUAGUGUCGAUGAACCUUUUUUUAAUGAGUCCAUGUUUGACCUUGUUACUACAGGCUGACUCCAUGAACGUGGACGACGAGAUCUCUGUGGAAGACAAAGCAGCUCCAGUGGUGACAGAGAAUAUAUCCAGCCAGAGCAGUUCUUGUGAUUGGCCCUCCAGCUCGUCACUCACGGCGCGGCUGCGGCGGCUGAUCACAGCUUUCCAGCGCAGCUACAGACAGGAGCAGCUGAAGAUGGAAGCUGAGGCAAAGGGCGACCGCAGACGCAGGCGUUGUGAACAGGCCAGCAAGCUGAAGGAGAUCGCACGGCAGGAGCGCCAGCAGAGGUACCCUGCUGUGACACCAUCUUAUUCUUGUGUUUAUUUUGUCUUGAUUCAAGGCUGUCAUCAGUGUAGGAGUGUACUGCACUUAUGAAGUCAUUUUAGAAAACAAGCUGAGGGUGCCAUCACAUGUAAAAACUGAUUUAAAAAAAAAAAAAAAAAAACACCUGAAGCCAUUAUUGUUAUACAGUCAUAUUUAGUCACCAACAGCCCUCUCUGUUUUCCCGUGAAUGGCUCAUGGCUGUGUAUCUAGGUGAAUUAUAGAGACCUAUUUGGAAGUGAUGUAGUGUCAAAUGAUUGCCAAGAAUGAGUGAAGUCUCAGAUUGGGUCCAAGACAGAAAACAAAGUCACCCUUGUCACAUACCUCUCUAAGUCAAAGUUUUAAGUGAAUUCAUAGUGGAAACAACUUUCAUUAUUUUCUGUCUUUCCUACUCUCAGGUGGACACGGAGGGAAGAAAGUGACUUCUACCGUGUGGUUUCCACUUUCGGUGUGGAAAAGAUAAAGAAGGAGUCCGGUCUUCAAGAGCCCGGUGAACCUGAAUUUGACUGGAAUCGCUUCCGUACCUUUGCCCGUCUGGAUAAGAAGACUGAUGAGAGCCUGAGCAGAUACUUCCGCUCUUUUGUCUCCAUGUGCCGGAGAGUUUGUCACUUGAGACCCGGACGUGGUGAAGGUAAAAUGUGCCACUUACGCCCUAAGAGACACUCAUAAUGGUUCUUUAACAACAAGUGCUGGACACUGGUAUAAUGUAAGACCGAACCAUGGUCAGGCCAUGUGCUGAUUUUGAAUUCAUGUGUUAUUUACUUCUUCUCUCCUCAUUUUUCAGAUCCAGCAGAACCUUCCAUGACUGUGGCUCCCAUCACAGAAGAGCGUGCUUCCCGAACCCUGUACCGUAUAAACCUCCUGCGCCGCCUCAGAGAGCGAGUCCUGCCUCACCCCUCCCUGGAGGAGCGUCUGCCUCUGGCUCCAACCAGCUCUGAGCUUCCAGCGUGGUGGAACAUCCCGGACCACGAUCGUCAGUUGAUGCUGGGUGCCGCGCUGCAUGGCGUCAGCCGCACCGAGCUCUCCAUCUACUCAGAUCCGCAGUUUACCUUUGUUCAGGCUCGGGAGGACUUUAUUCAGAACCAGCAAGCCCCGCCCCCUCCACCUCCUCCUCAGGUACCGCCCAUCUUGUCCUUCAGCACACCAAAGACUGAGGACUGUGUGAAAGAGGAGGGAGGAGAAGUGGAGGCUCAUCUGCUGGGAGGUCAGAUCAGCGCUGACCUGCAGAGUACGCCUUUGAGUCACCAUGACAGCAAAGCACAAGGGCAGGGCUGGGGCCUGAAGAGGAGCAAGAUCAGGGUCGGGAAAUCAGGAAGAAAAGGAGAGGGAGGGUCAGAUUCCGAUUCCGAUUCUGAUUCAGGCUCCUCUUCAUCAGACCGAUCAGGAAGCAGUGAUGACAGUGGGGAGAGUGAGGAGGAGACAGAGCGGGGUAAGUAGAUUCAAGAUAAAACUGUUACCAGCUGCAAGAAUAAACACAACUCUAUAAAAUCACCUUUUUUGUGUGUGUCCCUCUCUCUCUCAGCUGGCAUGAAGCUGUGUGACGUGGAUGAAGAGAACAGUUUACUCUCCAUGACUCCUUCUCAGGAUGGUAUUCCUCCUCCUGAGCCAAUCAGAGUGGACUGGCCCAAGGUAACUGAUAUACUUUGGACUCAGUGUUUACCUAAUUCAGAUGCCGAAGCAUUACCCUCUUAAGUAUUAAAGCACUUUCUCACAUCUGUGAUUGUCUUUCUCAGGACCGCGUGUUGAUAAACCGCCUGGACAGUUUGUGUAUAAUGGUGCUGAGUGGUCAGUGGCCCUCAGGCCGCCGUUAUGUGUCUGAGGCUCAGCUGAACCCCAGCUCAGAGCUGGCAGGGGACGAGCUGGCCUACACAAGAAUAAUACGUAAACCCAGCGCCGCACCUGGUGGCCCUGUAGCUGAUGGAGAUGAUGGAGAGUUCACUGUGAAACUCCUCAAGGUGAGAAUCUUACAUGCUAGUACAGUGUGUUCUCUGACAAACUGGUUUUAAGUCAUCAAUCACAAACAGCUGCGAUGUAGACUCUUUGGCUUGAUCAGAGUCUUCUCUGUCAACAGGAGGAAGGACUGAAGCUGACGUUCUCAAAGCAGGCCCUGAUGCCAAACGGAUCUGGGGGAGAGAGCAGCGGACGCAAGAAGCGCAAGGACCAAGAGGUACAGGUUUUGUGUCUUUGUGUCUGUCUGUAAGCUCGUAAGAUGCAAAAACAAAACUGCUUUGAUCUACUUUGUUAACGUUUUUUUUAACCCUCUUUUUUUUUUUUAGUUUCUUGACCCAGAUGGACUUCACGACCCACUGGAGCGAACUCCUCGACGUAGGGACCCACCCACCUGGUUGAAGGAGAACCCUGAUUACGAGGUGGAGGGAGACAUGCUGGAGGUAGCAGUUCAUGACACUUGUCGGUUAUCGAGUAGGGAAAUCUGUGUAAAAUCAUACACUCUGUCUUAUAAUGAAGCUCUGAGGCCUGUGCUAAGUAGCUAAGUUGUAGUUUUGUCAGCACGAUAACUUCAGGAUUAAUUUGAGGUUUUCAGGACCAGGAAGGUUGUUAACAUCAUACUGGGAAUAUCAGCUGAGGAGCAUUUCCAGAUAACACAACACUUUAUAUAAAAAGACCUUCCUGUGGAUCAGCCAGGUAGCUUAAAUCUUAGACUUUUUGUGUGGGAUGUAGGAGUGUUCAGAAAAUGGUAAAACACUGAUGUAUAAGUUGUUUAGAAACACAGUAAAUCUGCCGUGCAGUUCUGUUAGCGUGCCCCACAUAUGGGGACCAUGGUUCCCACAGCGGUUGCGGGUUCGAGUCCAGCACUGACUAUGUGCUGCAUGUCCUCCCCCCUCUCUCGCUAUCUCCCCACUAGAAAUUGCAAAAAAAAACCACUUCAAAACAAACAAAACAAAACAAAAAAAUACACAGUAAAUCCAGAAAAGCACGUGACUCAAGCACUAAUGGAUUGUGCUCCCUGUUCAUACAAUAAAAAUACAAGCAUCUUUCCCUGUGAGUUUCAUAGUCAUAGUCUAUGGGUGGCCUGAUAACAUAGAAAUGGUAUCACAAGCAUUGUAUUUGAAAUGUGUAAUUUUGCUCAGAUUGUUUGUUGAACCUCUUAGUGUAGACUAAUAUCACAGGCUAAGUUUCUCUCGGUCAGUAGUGUAAUAUACCUCUCAGCUGUCAUUUCAUGUGUUAAGUCAUAUACUGCCAACAAAACUCCCGGUAGUAAACCAUGGCGUGUGCCUGAAGCCAGUAAAAGAUUGAGUGACCUGAGUGUGUUGAACUACGCCACUGCAAGCCUUGGGUCUCUGCAUCAUUGUGGGAAAAACCAAACCUGUGUCUGAUUUUGACCAUGUAAACAUGUCUUUUUGUCUGCAGCUUCUGGUUAAUAGAAGUAAGAGGAAGAGGAGGAGAAGGGCGGAUAAAGCCCUGACAGGAAGUGAGAAGGUUAAAGUCAUUAACAUGAGGACAGGAAAGAAGGUGAGACUUACAGGAACGGUCAUAAACCUGAUUUUACGGCUGUGUGUUUUCUUUUGUCACCAAUUCAACGAAUACUUCUCUCCUGUAGGUUGGAGCAGCUUUCUGUCCGAUGUUGCAAGACCUGAGAGAGUACCUGGAGGAGAAUCCCGAUAAUGCUGUAGCACCUGAGUGGUCUGACGCUGUUCGAAACUCUGUACGUACACAACAUCUCCUGUGACAAGACUUAGUUGUGUGGGGCUGUAGUCGGAGAAUAGUUGUAUUCUAAUUCUCAUUUAGCCUCUUUUUAGUACAGUCUCAAGAAACAGAGGAAGUGAUGAUAUGCAAAACAUUCAAACUGCUACCCUGUGAUUUUCCCAGCACUGGUAGAGGACUGUCUUUAAAACAGUCUUAUCUAGUUUUAUUCUUUUACUUUUAAAGUUCCUGAUCAGUUCUCUUCUCCUCAGGGUUUCCUGCCUGAGACCUUCUUCCACCGACUGCUGACUGAGCACUCAGAGAUCCCGAAGAAGAGCCGACGCAGGCAUCACCACCACCACCAUCAUCACCACACUCCAGAGCCCACGCCUGAGGACCCCAACCUGGACGGAGUGGAAGAAGAGACUCUGGUCUCAGACGGGGCCUACAUGAUGGAUGAGGAGGACCUGGAGACCUCCCAUCACUUCCUUACCAGUCCGGACUUUGACAUUAAAAUGGAGGGCGGCGACAGCCUCUCUCAAGGUGACUAUGACAGCUCGGAUCAAGAGGCGCUUUUGGACGAUGUCAUCAUGGCGCAGAAAGACUCUGAUUCCUCAUCAAGCUCAGAGGAUUGACUGAACCUCACUCUCUGAACACAUCAGACAAAGUCCCUGUCUGAAAAUAAAAUUAUGUAAUUCCUCAUUUAUUUUUAUCAUCAUGUUAUGUAUCACUUUAUGGAUGACUGUUCUUUGUUGCUACUUUUAUUCAUUUAUUUUAUAUAGGAUUUUUUUCCGUCAAAGGAGCAGCUUUGCACCCAUGAAUUUUUUUUCAUCACGACUAUGUUUCAUCUUCGUCUCCUUGAUCCUCCUCUCUAACCUCUGACAAAAUGGCAAAAAGCUGAGCUUUCGUACUUCACAACUCGUCUUUCUCCUCUUCUUCCUCUGAGUAUUUUCUUUCCCAUCACAUUCCCAGCCAUGACCAAAAGAGGAUCCCUGCUGUACAGACUCUGUUUUCUUAUCUAAGAACCUCAAUGCUGGUCUUCUAGCGCUACAUGAAACUGGACGUGUACUGCAGAGCCCGGAUCCGGAUCCCACGAUCCCCUGCUCUCGUCUGGUCAUGUGUUUUGUGUCCGGACGAGCCUGUGAACUGAAAAGGGGACCUGUGCGUGGAUGUACUGUUAUUGUUUUCACUCUAUGGGAGGGGUGGGGUCUAGAGGGAGGGAGGGGAACAGUGAAGUAGUUACAGAAGCUAGGAGGAUGGAUGUAUUGUAUAAUGUAGAGCUGGUCAAAUGUGUACUUUGGUGCAAAGAUGACAGCGAUGAGUUACUAUUCUUGUUUUAUGACCUGAGUGUAUCUGUGAAAUGAAUAACAGCAAUCUACAGUGAAAA